CCGCCCACCCCCACCCCCACCCCCGCCCCCGCCCCCGCCCCGGCCUCGCGGCCAUGGCCUCCUCCUCCUGCGACGCCACCGCCGUUCCCUUCACCCUCCUGGGCGCGCUCCUCACCGCGGGGCCAGCUGCCUGGCCGGUCUGCGUCGGCGGCGGCCGCGCCUUCCUCCGCGACUACGCCCAGCGGGGCACCAAUGCGCUGCUGUGGGCGGGCCUCCUCGCAGUCACCUGGGUCCUGCUCCUCCGCGUCGCCGCGCUGCUCCGCCUCUGGGCCCUCGGCUCCCGCAUCCCGGGGCCUCACGCGCUCCUCGCAGACCCCGGGCUCGCCGCCGUCCUACGCACCGGCGGCGACGUCACCGGUUUCCUGUCAAAAUUGCAUGGCAGCUAUGGCUCAGUUGUUCGCCUGUGGGCAGGACCCUCUCAGCUACUUGUAUCAGUUAGAGAUCCUACUCUAGUCAAAGAGGUUCUAACAAAGGCUGAAGAUAAGUUACCAUUGACUGGUAGAACAUAUAAUUUAGCUUGCGGAAGACUUGGUCUAUUCGUAUCCUCAUCCGAGAAGGUCAAAAGUACAAGAGAAUCUCUGAAAAUAUUUUUGAAUGAAAAACUUACAAUUGGUGUCGGUCGAAGUUCAUUCAAAGUUAUUGAUGCUGUCAUGGAUAGAAUUGACUCUAUUAUGUCCAAGGAUUUUCUGGACUGUAGAUCUUUCUCCCAGCACAUGUCCUUUAACAUCAUUGGUGGAACUCUUUUUGGUGAUGCCUUCUUCAAUUGGUCUGAUGCUGUUACUUAUGAGGAACUUCUUAUGAUGGUUGCAAAGGAUGGUUGCUUCUGGGCUUCUUAUGCAGUUUGCCCGUUUUGGAAGCCUAGCUAUAGGAGGUACCGGACCCUUUGUGCUAAGCUGAAGACGUUAACAGAGGGAAUCAUCAGAAAAUCAAGAGAUCAAAAUAGUUCACUUCACCACUUUGAUCAGAGGUCAUAUCUAAAAAGUGAAGGGAUGAUAAAAGGUCUAAAUAGAGGUGUUUUAGGUGAAAUGAUGGCAGGUCAUUGUCUCCAUGGGGCUGCUGAAGGAUCACUUAGUUCAGAAGAGGAAAUCUGUGGAAACAUCAUCGGUUUGAUGUUACAUGGUAUUUCCGCUUCUGCUAACUUGAUUGGUAACAUUUUGACAAGGUUUAUCUUGUUCCCAAAGUUGCAAGAUCAGAUACAUGCGGAGAUUGUUGCAGUCUGCGAUGAAUCAUCUGAGCUGGAGGUUGAUGAUGUGCUUAGGAUGCAAUUACUACUUGCUACUGUAUAUGAAUCUGCUCGCCUUUUGCCUGCUGGACCUCUUCUGCAGAGAUGUUCUUUGAAACAUGAUUUGACUCUUGGCUUGGGCAUCACUGUGCCAGCUGGAGCAAUAUUGGUAGUUCCUUUGCAUCUUGUGCAUAUGGAUGCUUCUGUGUGGGGCAAUGAUGCUGGCCAGUUCAAUCCUCAUCGGUUCCUCAAAAAGGAUGUGGAUCUUGGAGAUAUAUUAGCAGCACCCAGAGGCUCAAAUGGGAUGAAUCUUUUCACCGAGUGUGCUAAGGCUGAGUCAUUUCUUCCAUUUGGUUCUGGAAGUCGAGCAUGUGUUGGCCAGAAGUUUGCAAUUAUUGCAAUAUCAAUGUUGAUUGCCAGUCUGCUCCGCAACUAUGAGGUACAGACUCAUCCAAGUUUGUGUAAAGAAAUGGAACCUGAAGUUGACAGCAGCCACGUUCACCAUCUCCCAAACCCGAAGAUCAUCCUCACAAAAAGAAGGAUCUAACGGGAGGGUUUGGCAAAUUCAAAUUUGAUGCGUUUUCUUUCACUAUAUUCUUUUUUACUGGUGUCACACCAGGAUAUGCUAGUUUCAUACCGUCGUUGAAUCACGCUGAAGUUUGGAAAGGCGAUACUUUGCGAUGUGGAAGUUAUCUUUUUUUUCCUUCAGAUUUUUGACAGACCCGGUGUGCUUCGUCCGAUCUAGUUUUUGUUAGAUUUUUGGAGCACCCACGGGCUGUCAGAUCAUGGGAGGUGUAUGCUGAUGUGCAUAAACAAGUUGGGGUUUUUAAGUUGGAGUUUUCUCCUCCCUCUAGGAGGAAUGUAAUGUCCAAUGUAUCAUGUUGUCUCAUACUAAUGUAUUGUAUCAUACAUGUAAACAUGUUUCAGCUGUUCCUACAGCGUAAUAAAUUGUGAAAAAAUUAUACAAA